AUGCUGCUAUUAAUGUUUUUGGUGAUAAAGUUUGGCACUUGUAUCCAACCAGACAAUUAAAACAUUGUUCCUUUUUAAAAUCAAGAAAAGAAUUCUACUUAAAGAAAUGGUACCAAUAUGUUAUUGGAUCAGUUUACAUUCCUUAUGAUGAAACACCUGAUCCUAAUGAAGAGCUCACAAGAUUAGUGGAAAAUUUUAAACGAACACAAGCAACCAUUUUCUUAACUGACGGCACUAAGGAUACUGAAAAUUUGGAUGUACCUGAAGAUCUUGACAGUGAUAGACAAUCGGAAGUCGAUGAGUUAAUCUUUAAUGCUCAUACAAAUGAAAACGAUAUAUUAAAUUUGGAAGAAGACCAACGGACUAAAAAUAGUCAUAUAAAUAAUUAUUUUAAAAUCUCAAAAAGAAGGGAAAAAAAUAAACAGAUAGAGGAUAUCAAUAAUGACUUUGAAAAUAACGAGAAAACCAAUAGACUAUUGUCUGAUUUGCAAUCAAUUAGCACCCAUGAUCAAUUUUCAAUUGAUAAUAUUAAUCAGCCUGAUAAUGAAUACGUUAAUGACAAUCUUAAUAAUAUUUACCAGCCUGAUAAUGACAAUCGAGAUAAUAUUAACCAGCCUGAUAAUGAAUAUCUUGAUAAUGAAUACAUUAAUGACAAUCGAAAAAAAGGCUUGGAUGUAAGUGAUUACGAUUCACCAGGAUGGUCAGAAUGUGAAGAGUGCUAUGGAAAUAAAGGGGAAUUAUGUGAAUAUUGUGAUCACAUCCUCUUGUGUGAUGGUCCUUGUGGCAAAAAUUUUCAUACUGGUUGUCUAAACCCUCCACUCAAGAGAAUUUCUCCUGAAAAUUGGUACUGUAAGGAGUGUAAUAGUGGAAAUUCAAAAAAAUUGAAACGUAAAAUGAGACUUGAAUAUUCAAGUUUAGAUGAAAUAAGUGCACAAAAAGACAAAAGAUUAAAAUCAAAAAGUGUUAAAAAAUAUAAAACACCACAGGAUACUUUGGAUUCUGAUGAUGAUGACAGUAAAAAUAUAAGGAAAUUUUCAAAAACAAAGACAACGGGUC